AUGGAAGGUUUUGGAAGCAAGCUUUGGGAUAAAAUCCAAUCGCAGGGAUUAGCAAUGGCCGGAAGUCUAGCGGACGAAACUGGCCACGAUCUGCGGGCGCCUGGUUGUUCCGAGAAAGCUACAUCUCCAAGGCAGGGAGACAAUUCAGAUUCCAUUAGAAAAGAUACAUCUGCAUCAGGGAUAGAUAGUACGACUGAUUUUUUAGGCUCUUUUUUUACCACAAGAGAUACACCUAAGGGUACCAAUACCAAACUGGAAGAACCAGGCGUAUCUCACCCCAACAAGAAAGACACAUCAAGGCUAAACGAACCGCCUAAAAUGAAAAAGUCCAAAUCUGCCUUUGGCUUCUUAGAGGAUACGACCAGUAGCUACACUGAUAAAUUCAUCGAAAGAUUUAUAUCGAUGGCAAUUCCUACAACUACUACCUCAAGUAAGCGUGAGCUUGAUAGGAUAUUAAAUAGAAUAGAGAUGCAAAAAACCAGACCUCCACUGAGUGUACAAACGAUGUCAAGAAACUCCAUUCUUUUACUACAGAGACUUUCUUUACCAUUUGAAGCUCUAGAUUUAAUAAUCAACAUUUUAAAUUGGGAAACGCCUAUUGUUACCAUAACGACAAUGCUAUUUUUAACCCUGUGCUUACUCAAACCAAUAAAUUUCCUAACAUUACCCAUAUUCUACGUUUGCUUUGAAAUUAUUAUUCCAGCUUAUAUGGUUCAGAACCCCAACACUGAUGAGAGCAUGGAUGGUUGGGAAACUGAGUUACCCAAACCAGUCAAUCAGUUUUCUAGAGAGUUCUUACUCAAUGUGACUGAUCUUCAAAACCAUAUGCUGUUAUACGUUAAUGCCUGGGACUUUAUCAAUGCAUGGUGUUGGAAGCUUUUUUAUUUUAAGGAUGAACUGUUAUCUUGGUUUAUAUUUGUUGUCUUAUUGUUUUGGGGGGUUUUUAUGCAAAUAUUCGGAGCCAGUAUAAUCACAUUUUGUUUUCCAGUUAUCAAGGUUUUAGCAGUUGUAAUGUCUUGGGGUGUUAUAAUUGCACUGCAUCCUAAAAACAGAGUAAAACUUCUAGAAACAUUUUACAGUGAAGAGUUACGUUUGAAAAUAGUUAGCUUAUUGAACCAUUAUGAGUCCAAUAUAAUUAGUGAUUUGGAUUUAACUACAGAUAAAAUGGAGAUAAGAGAAAUUGAAAUUUUUGAACUACAAGUGUUCAAUGAGGAAACUAGGACAUGGCAAUUUGUGUGUUUCUCUCCUGACAACUACCCUCCGAACAGCCACAUCAGGCAGAAUAAAAUUCCUAUAAAUGGUACGCUCUUAUUGGAUUCUGUUUUACCACCUAAGGGAUGGAAAUUCAUCAAUUUGUCAGAGAACGACAACAAGAUUCCUGUUUUAUCCAAACAUAAAACCGAGGUACUGAGUCAAAAAGAGGAGAAUACAAGAGGGAUGUACUUAGACCACGAUAAGAGGAAACAAGCAAAGGAGAAGAAAAGAAUGUUGAGGCGUCAAAGAAGACAACAAAGGCGGCAUGGAAAAACCGAUACCAAUCAAGUACUACUGAAAGUUCCCGUUGAGCCUAAGCAAUCAAGUAUACAACAUCGAAGAGUCAGUAACGAUUUUCACAAUGUUAUGAUUGAUCCUCGACUUGUUGAUAAUUAUCUGAUUGAGCAGCUGGAAACCGGCAUAAAAUACGAAGGCUGGUAUAUUGAUCUAUGCCCCAAAACUUGGGUACAAGACUAUUAUUUACAGGAUGUUUUCGAGGUUGAUGACGACACCAAAUGGGUGUAUGAUUUAGUUGUGAUGGGAAAUGGAAUUGAUGCACUUUCUGCUGGUUUAGGGAUUCCUAAAACAAAACUCCGUAAGUCCAGAGGUGAUGUGAGAAGGCGUAGGUGGGUACGUUAUGCGGUGCGUGAUAUAGUUCGGGGAGUCCAGACUGAUUUCACAGAACAAAACAGUGAUGAUAAACAUGGUGAUAAUGCGUCUAUUUUUUCAGAUGAAGAGGAGGAUAGUGAAAAUGGAUACAGCUUCAGUGAUGAUAUUGAUUAUACUGAUAUUGAGGAUAAUAGUGGGGUCGGUGAAGAAAAUGUCACAGCAGCUUUACCAGAUACAUCAUUGGUGUCAACUGUAGCUGAAUCGCCGGAAACGGAAAAAAUCGUGAACCCCGGCGCUGAAAAAUUAAAAAAAUGA